AUGUCCGUUACCACCAAGGCUACGAUCGCCUCUUUCGGCGGAAAACUCCUCAAACUCAGCCAUGCCGCCUCUUCCACAAAAUGUGACAUGAACUUCAACCUCUACCUGCCCCCUCAGGCCUACCAAAACCCUUCGCAAAAGGUUCCCGUGUUGAUCUAUCUCUCCGGUUUAACAUGCACGGCCGACAAUUGCUCCGAGAAGGGCUUCUUCCAACACGGCGCUAGCAAAAAGGGCAUUGCCGUGUUGUACCCGGACACGAGUCCUCGUGGGCUGGAUCUCCAAGGCGAAAAUGACUCUUGGGACUUUGGAACGGGCGCCGGUUUCUACGUCGACGCUACUAAGGCCCCCUACAACGCCGGAUACAACAUGUACACCUACGUGACAGAGGAACUGCCCAAGACCGUGUUUGCCGCUUUUCCUCAGCUGGACUCGAGUCGUGUCAGUAUCACAGGCCACAGUAUGGGUGGACACGGGGCUUUGACUUUGUUCCUUCGUAACCCCGGGAAAUACAAGUCUGUCUCCGCCUUCGCUCCCAUUUCCAACCCCAUUAACUGCCCCUGGGGCCAGAAGGCGUUCGGCGGAUACUUUGGAGAUGACCAACAGGAGAAGUGGAAGGAGCACGAUGCUUCCGAAUUGGUGAAGAACUGGAAGGGCCCCUUGGAUGUGCUGAUUGACGUGGGUACCGGCGACAACUUCUACAAGCAAGGCCAGCUGCUCCCCGAGAACCUCGAGAAGGCCGCCAAAGAGGCCGGUGUGGAGGGGGUCAAAGUGCGCUACCAGCCCGACUACGACCACAGCUACUACACCAUGGCCUCGUUCUCGGAUGACCAUAUUGAGCAUGCUGCCAAAUACUUGUUUGCAUAG